UCCGUAAUGCAUUGACCUACAAUAAUAUUAACCUUCUAUCCCACUCUCGGCCUAUUUCAAUUAAAGAGCAGUAAUCAAUUACAUUGAUAGUAGCAGUCAGUCGUGAAUGUCGAUUCCACGAGCAAGCAAGAAAGGCAUCUCCGCGAUAUUAUUUUAAUCAUGUCAAAACACUUGUUUGUUUAUUGUAUUUUAAUGGGAUUCGUAGCAGUAUCGAAUUCGCUAUCGAUUUUACUGAUAGAAGCUCUUCCAUCACCCAGCCAUCAUCUUUGGACAACGAAUCUGGCGAAAGGAUUGCUCCGCAAAGGCCAUCAUGUACAUGUAGUGAGCAUUCAAGAAACUAAAAUCAAAGGUAAACUCGGCCAGAAUCUAACGUACGCCGUUUUCGAUAAUAUAAUGAAAGACUUGCAUGAAGAUGAAGAGAAUUAUAAUCCAGCUGAAUGGGAAAAGUAUAGUGUAUUCUAUAUGACACAGUUUAUAUAUGAAUGGGCAACAUUUGUAUCUGAGAAAAUAAUAGAAACUAAAGGAGCAAAGGAACUUUUGGAAAUGAUCAAAAAGGUCGAAUUUGAUGUCAUAGUGCAAGACAUUACAAUACCUGAAUGCUUAUACGGAUUAUGGGAGGUUGCUAAAGGCAAGCCACCUGUAGUAGGCUAUGUUCCGUUCGGUUCUGCACCCUGGUUAAAGUAUCACAUUGGAGGCCCUCAUUAUCCAUCUGUUCGAUCUUAUCCAUAUAAAGAUCUUGCAAAACCUACAAAUCUAUGGGAAAGAACGUUGAAUGCUCUUUAUUAUAUCGUGGACGAUCUUGUCCGACAAUAUUACUAUAUGCCAAUUUCUCAACAAAUAACUGAACGAUACAUAGGUCACAAGAUUAGGCCGUUAAGUGAAAUAGAAAAAAAUAUUUCCAUCAUAUUAAUCAAUACCUAUUCUGUGUUUGAACCUGGGAUUCCAUUGCCACCAAACGCUAUAGAGAUUGGAGGAUUGCAUGCUCAAAGCGUGCAACAAAUUGCUGACGAGGAAUCCGUAACAUGUCCCGAUAACAUACGUGAAUUUCUCGAUGGUGCAGAGAACGGAGCUGUUAUAAUAUCGUUGGGAACGAAUAUAAAGUGGAAAGCUAUUGGAUUAGAUAAACUUAAGGCCGUAACAUCAGCUUUAUCGAAACUUAAGCAACGAGUACUUUGGAAACUAGACAUUGAACUGCCAUUUCAAGUGCCGAGUAAUAUAAUGAUUGUGAAAUGGAUGCCCCAAAGUGUAAUUUUAGAUCACAAGAAUGUAAAAGCAAUCUGGACGCACGGUGGUCUUCUCAGUACAUAUGAAGCCAUUUGGAAAGGUGUGCCAAUGAUUGGAAUGCCAUUUUUUGCGGAUCAGAAAUUUAAUGUGGCAUUAUUAGAACAUAAAAAUGUGGCUGUACGAUUAAACCUUAAUACUUUAUCUAUGGAAUCCAUAUUAGAUGCAUUUGAAAAAAUACUUUACAAUGAAAGUUAUACAAAAAAUAUGAAACAAUUAUCAAGUGAAUUUCGGGAUCGACCAGUCCCGCCGUUAGAUUUGUCGAUUUGGUGGAUCGAAUAUGCAGCCCGCCAUCCACGUGGAAGUUUAGGAUCUCCACUUAGAUAUCAAAGUUGGAUAGAACAGAACCUAAUCGAUAUCUACGCAUUCUUAUUCUUUAAUGUUAUUAUAAUAUUGGCGGUCGUAGUUUUUGUAUUAAAAAGAUUAUUUAACUUUUGUUGUAAUCGCUUAUGUAGCGCAUCUAAAUUACAAAAGAGAAAACAAAUGUAGUUUAUUCAAUGAUAAAUUUCGCAAUUAAAUGAUAAAUUUUGCAAUUAUUGUUAAUUCAAGAGAAUACAAUUAAUAUAUUAGUACAAAUAUAUAAAUGAAAUAAAAUGCCAUUUAUAAGUAUUUAUAUGCAUAUAAAAUAGCAUAUUUAUAUGUGUGCAUACAUACAUUAAUAUAAUAUUAAUUAUGUACAUAUAAAUAUUAUAUAAUUAAUAAAAUUCUACAAUUACAUAUAUAUAAAUUAUUUAAUAUUGUAAUGUAAGCACAAUUUUAUAUUAACAAAAUUUUGUAGACACUGAGCACUAAAUAUUAUACUUACAAUAAUUAUGUAUAUUUAAAUAACAUUUUAAUAAAAUGUAAAUAAAAUGUAAA